AUGGACAAGAAACAAAGCCUCCUCCUCUUCAUCUUCUUCUGCUUCUCUUUCCUUUUGCUUCUCCCAGAGAACACAAGGGUGUACGGGUCAUCUUCUCACCACCACCACCACCACGGACAUCACCAUCUCUUCAAUUUCAGACCAAGCAAACUCUUUGUAUUUGGAGACUCGUACGCAGACACAGGCAAUAACAGGAAUUCUUUAGCAAAUUCAUGGAAAGUUCCCUAUGGAGUCACAUUUCCAGGCAAACCCGCCGGUCGUUUCUCAGAUGGCCGCGUCUUGACUGAUUUCCUUGCUAAGUCUCUUGGAAUCAAGUCUCCUAUCCCAUACAGAUGGAGAAAUGUGGGGAUCAAGCACUGGAAAAACGGAAUGAAUUUCGCAUAUGGAGGCACUGGGGUGUUUGAUACCUUGGCUCCAGAACCAAACAUGACCACUCAGAUUGAUUUUUUCCAAGAUAUCACCCAUCAAAAAAUCUACUCCAUGUCGGACCUACAAGCCUCCUUGGCUCUUGUUUCCCUCGCUGGAAAUGACUACUCUACUUACGCUACCACAAACGGCUCAGCAGAGGGUUGGAAACCUUUCAUCACACAAGUAGUGAAUCAAAUUGUCGUGAACAUGAAACGCAUUCAUGGCUUGGGAGUGAAGAAAGUAGCUGUCACUACCCUCCAACCUUUGGGGUGUCUUCCCCGCAGUACUUUUGCGUCCUCGUUCCAGCAAUGCAAUGGGACUGAAAACGAGCUCGUUGGUUUCCACAACCUCUUGCUGCAACAAGCUGUGGUAAAGUUGAACAAUGAAACAAAGGAUUCUACGUUUGUCAUUCUUGAUCUGUACAAGGCAUUCAUGAGUGUACUCAAAAACAAAGGAAAAAAUCCAGGAAGUUCAAAGUUCGAGAAUCCGUUGAAGCCAUGUUGCACUGGUAUAUCCACUGAAUAUAACUGUGGAAGCGUAGAUGACAAUGGAGCAAAAAAGUAUACAGUUUGUGAUGAUCCUGAAUCUGCAUUUUUUUGGGACACAGUGCACCCUACGCAGGAGGGAUGGCGAGCUGUGUAUUCAGCUUUGCCUCAAUAA